AUGUCUCGAGGGAGUGCCGCGGAGGCGCAAGUGGUCUCCGGAGACCAGACAACUGGAACUGCUGAUGAUGAGAUGCCGAAUAAAGAAGAGCUCGAGAUAGUUUGGCAUAUUGCUAGUCGCAAAACAAGCAAGAGCAAAUUUACGAAGAUCCGAAAUCGAAUUCUUUCGUUAGUGGAAGAUGCCUCCGCUUCGUGUCGUGAGGUAGAACAGUUUUUCGCAGAAUUAAAAGAAUUAGAAGCGAAGCUAGAAGAGACAUGCGAGAAGUUACGGUAUUUGUUUACAGUACUUAAAGCAGACGCUCGUGCGACUCAAUUAGACCAGUGGUUAAACAAGUUAUUUGACGAAGCUUUGGAGGUUAAAUCAGCUGUAGCUCGAUAUACUUAG